CGUUAUGACGCAGAGGAAACGUCGGCGACACACUGGUGGUUUACUGUCAGCCAGUAAGUGUGGUGGUUUACUGUCAGUUAAUCGGUCUGUCAGAGCGGGGUUGAGGCUGAAGGACUUGUGCGCCUAGCUCCAAGAGGUCAUAGUGUAGCGACUGUCCAGACGUAGUUAAACCUUCCUCUUAAGCAGACCGGGCGGUGCGGAGGGACCAUGAUGGCGGUGCUUGGAGGCACUCGGAGGCUCAUUCACCUAUCCAGCGUUUGUGCUUUCCUGAGGAGUCGCUGUACUGCUGCUGCACUGGCACAAACCUCUCCCAUAGAGACCCUGGAGAACAGGAAGCCCAAGACGGGGAUCCUGAUGCUGAACAUGGGCGGGCCGGAGAAGCUAGAGGACGUCCACGACUUUCUGCUCCGCCUCUUCAAGGACACAGACCUCAUGAAGCUUCCUGUACAGAGUAAGCUGGGGCCGCUGAUCGCCAGACGGCGGACACCAAAGAUCCAGGAGCAGUACAGCCGCAUCGGAGGAGGCUCCCCCAUCAAGCACUGGACCUCCAUGCAGGGGGAGGGCAUGGUGCGGCUCCUGGACCAGAUGUCCCCCGACACGGCGCCUCACAAGUUCUACAUCGGCUUCCGCUACGUCCACCCGCUGACGGAGGAGUCCAUCGAAGAGAUGGAGAAGGACGGGAUAGAGAGGGCAGUCGCCUUCACCCAGUACCCCCAGUACAGCUGUUCUACUACAGGAAGCAGCCUGAACGCCAUCUACCGUUACUAUAGGGACCGGGGGGAGGGGCCCAAGAUGCGCUGGAGCGUGAUCGACCGCUGGCCCACCCACCCUCUGCUGGUGGAGUGUUUUGCAGAUCACAUCCGCAACGAGCUGCUGAAGUUUCCGGAAGAUAAGAGGAAUGAAGUCGUGAUCCUCUUCUCCGCACACUCUCUCCCCAUGGCCGUGGUGAACCGCGGCGACCCCUAUCCCCAGGAGGUGGGGGCCACGGUCCAGAGAGUCAUGGAGGCUCUGGACCACUGUAACCCCUACAGGCUCGUGUGGCAGUCCAAGGUGGGGCCCAUGGCGUGGCUGGGGCCCCAGACAGACGACGUGAUCAAGGGUCUGUGUGAGCGGGGGAAGAAGAACCUGCUGCUGGUCCCCAUCGCCUUCACCUCCGACCACAUCGAGACGCUCCACGAGCUGGACAUAGAGUACUCACAGGUCCUGGGGGAGGAGUGUGGGGUGGAGAAUAUUAGACGAGCUGAGUCUCUGAACGGGAAUCCUCUGUUCAUGAAGGCACUAGCGCAGCUGGUCCAGUCCCACCUGAUCUCCGAUCAGCCCUGCUCCCGCCAGCUCACCCUCAGGUGUCCCCUCUGCGUCAACCCCACCUGCGGAGAGGCCAAGGCCUUCUUCUCCGCCCAGAAGGCGUGACCGUCCCCACCUUAUGACCGCCUGUAGUACCACACAGAGGAUAAUAUGGUGUACAUUACGCUUAGGACGGACACACACACAACACAACACACACACACACUUCCAGGAUGGAAAAAAAGCAGUACACUAAUCUGGUAUACAAGAGUCACAAAGAGUGCAGACGACAGGAAGUUGUUAUUUAUUGGUUAUUUUAUUCGUCUGCACACACUCUGCCCCUGAACAUUCGUGUAGGAAAACCUGUCGGCCCCUUCUGAUGGAUAUUGGGACGGCAUUGAUGUCGUUUCCAGCCUGCGUCUCGCUAAUCCCCACCACAUUGGUCAGCUUCUGAUAUCACGCUCUAUCUCUAAUCCCUGCCUUCUAAUUGGAGGAGAAAGGGAACUAAGUGCUUCAUAUUAAGUGCAUCAUAUUAAUAUGUAAGGUUAGGUUUAACUCUAAGACAGCACAUCUGACGCAGAAAACAUUAGUAUUAGAAUUAUUAUUGGUUGUUUAAUUUUUCUUCAUGAGCAGUGUAGAACUCUGUGCACAAAUCUCUUCCCUUUAUCACUUACAGGAUUUGCUCUGGAGUUCAGUGUCUUCUGUGGGAUUUGAGCGAUAACCAUGGUCACCUCAUUAGUAAUUUAAGGGUGGCUCAGUAGAUGGCUACGUUUAGAUCAGUUAUGCCGGGUGCAGUUCACUAAUCAGACACCAACGGCAGUGUUGGUAGAUCUUCCAACAGUCAGUAAAAUCUCGAAUAUUUCUGGUGCUUCGAUCUGCUUUUUUUUUUUCAUGCUAGUCGCCAUCCCAACCACUACGUGGUUCAUGCUACCUUAUCCCACUCUAACGGGAGAUCGGACUCCAUCUAGACUCCUGUCAUGCCACCACUGGGUUUAUAACCAGAUUUCAAAUGGGAUUAUCUUUCCAAGGUUAGCUUGGCUAGAACAAGUUUAGCUACACUAACAUGUUCCACUGAAGUCAUGACUAGAGCGAAGUGACACGUACACAAAAUGGAUCCACUGACCAUGGCCUUCUGAUGGUAGAAUGCAGGGGAAUCAGGUAUAGAGACAGGUCUCUCAGGUGAGAGAUUUAUCUCUAUACAUUUUCAUAUAUAUGAAAAUGUAUAGAGAUAAAUCUCUCAAUCUCUGUUAUAUCUUGUAAGGUUUCCUGGGGAGCAGAUUUGUUCACUAUUCAGGCACAAUGCAGUACUUUUUUUUAUUUAUUUUUUGUGGUAUUUUCUUUUUAUUUUCCACCUUCCUCUUGCGUUCAAGGUAAACCGAACAUGACCGGGUACAUCCUGGGAAUGAAUGUCCUGGUUUUCUGCUUAAUGUUACAUUUGGUUGCCCUGGAUCCACUACUGGGCUGUGGGUCACUGUUCUCAGAUGUGUGUCCCUCUUCUCAGAUGUAUGUGCCCACACAUUGAAUGCCCUUCCUUUCCUGAGGAUGAGCUGAACGACGUUGUGGGUGCUGAUCUCUAAAGCCUUGAUUAUGUGCCUUUUUACAAGCUCAACGGCUGGAUCUGCUUUCCCAUGCAUGUGUACUUCAACUAAGUGUCCAGAUAGGAACGGAAGCGUCACUGAAGUGGAUCCCGACCCUGUGCUCUGGGCUGAAGUGUUCUGUACUGAGGCUCCUAGCACCAAACCACCGCCGGGGGUAUCUGGGCUGGCGUUGUUCAUAUCAUCCAAUACUUAAUUGGGGAGCACAUUAAAGGUACCCUCUUGGACCGCUACAAUGCUCCGUUGUUUCCUGAUGUCCAGUGGUCUUCCACAGGUGAACAUGCCCCUAGUACCCAUCGUUUGGCUUGUCUUUUGCAGGGUUUGUUUGGUUUUAGUGUAAAGUUCACAGAAAUGCUUGUCGUAUUUGAAGACGUUUUGUUUCUGGACGUCCUAAUGCAUUAACUGUGAGCCGUCCUUUCUGUAAAGGAGGCUAAAGUUUGUUUGUAUUUCUUUGAGUUUACAUUAAGCCGGGUUAUCUGCCAGCUAAGAGCUUGCUAAUUCAUAUAGCAUUUUUUUUAAAGGUAUUUAUUAAUCCUUUCAUAGGUCAUCCACCUCAUGCUGUUCAGACGUGUAUCUUUUUAUAGUUUAAGAGACCCAAAUAUCAUGGGAUGAAAUGUAUGAUCAGUCUUCCUUCAAAAUAAAAGCGCUCAAUGGCCUAA